AUGGAUACGCCGCUGAGACGCAGCCGCCGGCUGGAAGGACUAAAGCCUGAAUCUCCGGACAACCCCACCUCAGUUUUGCGGGUGAGACGGGCCCUUGUGGAGUUCGAGUCGAACCCAGAAGAAACGAGGGAGCCAGGGUCUCCACCGGGCCUGGGAUCUCCCAGUAGUCAGCCGGAGACAAGCCCAGGAUCAUCCAGUCUGCGGAAGGGGCCAGCCUUAGGGUCCCCUCGAAAGCAGCCAGAGCUGGACUCAGGGUCCCCCCAGGGUCAGCGAGAUCCAGGCCUGAAUUUUCCCCAAAGUCAGCCGGAAUCGAGUCCUGAAUCCCACCUACUUCAGCCAAAGCCAGGUGAGGAAUCACCAAAGUUCUCCCAGGACCAAGGAGAAGCGGACUCGGAGUUGCCCAAGAGUAAGGAAGAGCCGACCCCGGGGUCCCCUCGACGUCAGUUGCAGCAGGACUCAGGAUCACUAGAGCCUUUCCCCGGUCAGAAAGCACCGGGUCCUGAGCCCUCGAAGCCACUGCAGGAGCUGACACCGCGGUCGCCCGGCUCCCCACGGGAUCAGCAUGAGCCGAGCAAGUCACCUGCAGCUGGGGAGCCGGCGAGAGAAGGCCCCGCGACAAAGAAGCGAGAAGGUUCUUCGGCCCAGGCCCCAACGUCCAAGAAGCCAAAGGAGGAGGUUCCUGUAAUCCCGAAAGGGAAGCCCAAGUCUGGGCGGGUGUGGAAGGACCGCUCAAAGAAGAGGUUCUCCCAGAUGGUUCAGGACAAGCCCCUGCACACAUCCUGGCAGCGGAAGAUGAAGGACCGGCAGGAGAGGAAGCUGGCUAAGGACUUCGCCCGGCACCUGGAGGAGGAGAAGGAGCGGCGCCGGCAGGAGAAGAAGGAGCGCCGUGCGGAGAACCUGAGACGCCGCCUGGAGAAUGAGCGGAAGGCGGAAAUUGUCCAAGUGAUCCGAAACCCCGCCAAGCUCAAGCGGGCGAAGAAGAAGCAGCUGCGAUCCAUCGAGAAGCGGGACACACUGGCCCAGCUGCAGAAGCAGCCGCCACAGCGGCCGGCCACCAAAGUCUGA